AUGCAGGCUGUGACGGAAUCGAACCACUCUAAUCUCGCACCGCAGAUGAAUCUACGCCCUUUACUCAGCUUGCAUGGUCCGAAUCUCAGCCUUCGUGCGGCUCAUGUCGAGGACGGUGCCGAUGCCUUACGAGGCAAAAACAGGCAGAUCCCUACCAGCUGCUGCAGUGUCAAUAUUCGCGUCGAUGGAGUCCGAGAGCAGCAUACAGCAUAUCCCAUCGGUUACGGUGUUGACGCUGGUGAGAUCGCUGGCCUUGGCCUCGGUGCUGAUGAUGUCGCCAGGGCUGGCAUGCAAACUGAUAUUGGCCAAAGCGUUGAUCCUGUCACUAUUGAUGAUGGAAACGUUAGAGAUGGCGUGAAUAAUCAUUCUUGAUCAGCACCUAUGCUUCUUAUAAUGCGCGUUUGGUGUCCUCAGAGUUAAGGGAGAAAGGAGCGCGGUAGGUUCUAUGUCGGUCUGUAGAAUCUUGAGUUGCGAGAC